AUGGCUAUCUGCGGCACUGGCCCCACCUUAAUGGUCCUCAUCCUGGCUGUGCUCCUGGCUGCAAGCCAGGCCACGGAUACCUGGCAACGUUUGCCCACUCUGGAAACCUUCUCCACUUAUGAGGACAUGCAACGUUACUUCGAUCAGCGAAAUUUCCGCAGCAUGCGGCACAUUGACAAUCCCACGGACGACAGUUACCUGGCGGCCUUCAAUCAGUACAACGAGCAGCUGGAGACUCGGUCACCUGUCCACAUCCCAUCCCGGGUGAAGCGGGAGCAGCGCCAGCUGCCCACAGCCCCGCGGAUGCUGCGCUUCGAACUGUCGGAUGCUGUGGAACCGAGUCCGGAACUGAAGAAGAUCCUACGGCAGUAUCAUGCCAGGGCCCUGAAGGAGAGUCCGAGUUCCGCUCCUCAGAGCAGCACCACUCCCUCCACACCAGCUGUUGAAGCCACCCAGGCCACCAAAAGUGUGCGAUCCCGGAAGCCACGUCGUCAGCGACGUUCUGUCAUUGGUGGUCAACAGCCGGCGGAGUUCAAGGUUCAGAUGAUUCCCUUUGAGGAGACGGAUGCCCGGGAACCGGAUCCACUCACAGCCCAGCUGAUCAAGAAGGCACGAAGCCUGGAUCUGGAGAGUCAAGCCACCAGGUCAGCCAGGCCCCAGGAGACGAGGAAGAAGACAUUGCAAGUAAGGAUCCGCAAGACGAAGCGCUCCAAGCGCUCCGCUCCGCAGAUGAUCAAGUUUGAGUUGGCGGACGCCAAGCCCUUGCCCCAGAGAUCUGGGAAGCAGUUAAUCCCCGAGACUCCCACUCUGCUGACUAUGGAAACCCAUUCGAAGAACCAAACCCAAGGCCCUCAGGUGACCUCAACCACGCCCAGGAUGGAGGACAAUGACAUCCUUACGGGUGAGGCCACGGCAGAGACCAAGAGAAUGUACGUUUACAAGGAGUCACCUCUCAGCUCCGGACAUGUAAAGACCAAAAAAUCCCUAAGUGCUCUGCCCCACGAAGUUCAGAAGGUCAUCGGUCAUCUGAUGAAGGACGGUCAUGGCGGUAAAGCAUACGUGAAGUAUAUGCCUGCCCAGAAGUCCGAUUACGAGCACUACAAGGCCAAACCGGUGGCCUACGGCUUGAAGCCUCUAGGUAACUACGUCAAGUAUAUUCACAAGACAGCGGAACCCUCGACAGCUCCUGCCCCGGCUCCAGCUCCUGCCCAGGUGCACAUUCAGCCGGUGCCUGUGGUGGAGCAACUGCGGUAUAUCUACAAGCCCAACUAUGUGGCUCCCGCUCCCACCAUUGCCCAGCCCAUUGUGGUCCAGGAGGCGGGCCCAGCUCCCACGGUGGCCGUGGAGGAAGUGCACCAUACCUACACCGCUGAGCUGGCUCCGCCACCCACCCAAUCCCUGGACGUGAUUGUACCGCAGUUCAGACCCUCCAAGCCGGAUCCCCUGCUGGCCGAAUCGCCUGCCAUCUACGGAACCCACCAGGAGCAGCAGUAUCAGUACGAAGUCCAGCCGGAGGCCUCGCCCCUGAUCAAGAUCGAGUACCACGCCCCGGCGGACAGCCUUAAGGAGCACUACAAGCAGCUGCCCGAGUUCCAGCAGCUGUCCACUCUCAUUGGCAAGUCGCCGGAUGACCAGAUCCAUGGAUUGACCUACCUUUUGGCCAAGGAGAUGCAGGCUAAGCUUCAAAGGCAGGGCAAGCAACUGGUGGAUCGUCCACAGGAUAGCACUGCUCCGAUCCUUUUCCAUCCCGGCCAGGGUGCAGCCCCUGUUCCCACUUUAAAGACUCUGGCAGAGCACGGACACCUGGGCAUUCAGCCGGGAAGACUCAUCGGCAUGGCCAAGACCAAGCAGUAUGUGCCCAUUAUCGAACCCGGCAACAACGAUGUGAAGGAGCUGCCCCCGGUGUCUAGCACCAAGCUGCCUACGCCCAGUUCCUACAUUGAUUAUACCCACGGUCAUGGCCUGUCCAAUGGAUACGAGGGUGUGCCGCAUAUAGAGGAGCCUGAGGUGACCACAGUGGAGCAUGUGGUGCACCAUCCAACGGUGGCCACACUCCAGCAUCAGCAUCAGGUUCAGCAUCAGAUUCAGCCUCAGAUUCAGCCCCAGAUUCAGCAUCACCACCAACAUCAUGGACUGGUGGCCACUGUACUGCCAGCGGAACUGGAUGCGGACAAGGGCGUGAAUGGGCUGCACUUUGUUCACAGCCAGGAGGAUAAGUCGCUGCAUCAGUACGCCUCAAAGUAUGCGUUUGGCUAUCGCAUACGUGACUUCCACACCGGCAACGAUUUUGGCCACAAGCAGAACCGUGACUUGCACGGCGUGACACGCGGACAGUACCACAUCCUGUUGCCGGACGGACGCAUCCAGAACGUGAUCUAUCACGCCGACGACUCGGGCUUUCACGCGGACGUCAGCUUCGAGAGUGGCGCCAAGCAUUGA